AAUAUGAAGGCAAAAAGCGUGAAGCCGACAACUAACGCAUAGUUGUUAAGCUAUAACGAUAAGGAGACAUGUGAAAGUCAGCAUUUUAAAAAUAUGUUAUUUAAAGUUAUGCACGGUAUGUAGUUAAAAUUAACUGUCUAGACAGAUAAUUUGUACUAGAAGGAAUCGUUAUGUAUUCGUAUUCAGUUUUCAGAAUCGGAAGAACGACAAACUGUGUGCAGCGCUUAUUAAAACGCGUGCAUGUCAGAUUACCACAGCAGAUCUCAGUUUUACACACACAGCCGCCUGUUUUUCAAACAAACCGAUGUGUUUCGUCCACGUGGCCAUUUUAUCACACUCGCUCGCUAUACACGGGAGUUAGUUUGUGUGGUAAGACCGAUGGGAAGAAGGACACUGACCAGGUGUCGGUCUCCAGAAGUUCACACGCUCCUCCAAGCGCGUCCGCGGCACAGAAAGUCAAACAAGCUGGCAAAGAUUUCUCCUAUUUGAUUGUGGUGCUCAUUGGACUCGGUGUAACAGGUGGACUGCUGUAUGUUGUCUUUCAAGAGCUGUUUUCCUCGUCAAGCCCAAGCAAAAUUUAUGGAAAAGCUUUUGAGAGGUGCAGAACUCACCCAGAGGUAAUUGGAGCUUUUGGAGAACCCAUCAAAGGCUACGGGGAGACCAGUCGGCGUGGAAGAAGACAGCAAGUGAGUCACGUCGAGUACAUGAAGGAUGGGCUGAAGUACAUGCGGCUGAAAUUUUACAUCGAGGGAUCUGAGCCUGGAUUACGGGGAACUGUUCAUUCCGAAUCAAAGGAGAACCAUGAGACUGGCAAAUAUGAAUUCAGGUAUAUCUUCGUAGAAAUAGACACGUAUCCCAGGAGGACAAUCGUCAUUGAAGACAACAGAUAAUGAGUUUUAACAUGGGGAUGCAGUCUUGAAAGGAUCUGAUUGAAUUUGUCUUGCUUGAAUUUUGCUGUAUUGAUCUUCCACAGAUUAGCGUACGUAAACUUGGAAUAUUUGGAGCACCUGUUGUGAAACAUCUGAUAUUUUGUACAAGGAUUUGCAUGUUUUUAUUAUAAAAAUCUGUGCUUUGAAAUAAAGAUCAAUUAUAGAGUCGAUAUAUAUAAAAGAUUUAUGUACUGUAAAUCGAUUAUGGGUUAAUAAAGAAAUUUGAUGUCAUUAUUGUAAA